AUGCUUCAUCAUUCCGACUCCAUUCACGAAGCUUCUAAUAACACCCAACAAGCUUCCUCAUCGUCAAACAACUCAACACGAAGACUUUUGCAAACAUCUUCUACUCGAUCACAUUCACCAGCCACAAUGAGCGCUCCUGUACACCAACAUCACGACGGGGGUUCCUCCACCGGCAAGGGCCGCGCACCCGAUUAUGAGGACCGCGCUGGUCCCGAUGCACUCAACGGCGGCAACAAUGGCAAUGUCGGCUUCAAGUCCCAAGGCGGUAUGACCGUCCAGCCUCCUACCAAAGAGGAUCUUCAGCGCAGCUACGCCACCAUUGUUAGCAACGAUGCCAACCCCAAGGGCUGGUACGGAACCAUGAUCAACGCUGUCGGUUCCUGCAUUGGAACCCUUGGUGCCAUUCCUUGCUGUGUUGUCUGCCCGAACCCAUACAAGAACGUCCAGCAGGGUAACGUUGGUCUCGUUACCAAGUUCGGCAAGUUCUACAAGGCUGUCGACCCCGGUCUGGUCAAGGUCAACCCUCUUAGCGAACGUCUCAUUCAGGUCGAUGUCAAGAUCCAGACCGCCGAGGUUCCCCAGCAGACCUGCAUGACCAAGGACAAUGUCACUCUGCACCUCACUUCCGUUAUCUACUACCACAUCGUCGCACCCCACCGAGCCGCCUUCGGCAUCUCCAACGUUCGCCAGGCUCUCAUGGAGCGCACCCAGACCACUCUGCGACACGUCGUUGGUGCCAGAAUCCUACAAGACGUCAUUGAGCGCCGAGAGGAGAUUGCGCAGUCCAUCGGGGAGAUCAUUGAGGACGUCGCCGCCGGCUGGGGUGUUCAGGUCGAGAGCAUGCUCAUCAAGGACAUCAUCUUCAGCCAGGAGUUGCAGGAGUCGCUUUCCAUGGCUGCCCAGAGCAAGCGUAUCGGUGAGAGCAAGAUCAUUGCCGCCAAGGCCGAGGUCGAAUCUGCCAAGCUCAUGCGCCAGGCUGCCGACAUUCUAUCGUCCGCACCUGCAAUGCAGAUCCGCUACCUCGAGGCCAUGCAAGCCAUGGCCAAGACCGCCAACAGCAAGGUUAUCUUCUUGCCCGCGGCGAACCAGACCAUGCCCGACAUCCAGCAGGCGCUCAGCAAGAACCCCACUGGCGAGUCGAGCGACCAGGGCGGCUCCCAGAACGUUAGCUACAAUGACUUUGGAGGUCAGGACUCCGGCUUCCAGCAAGCCAUUAACUCCCGUGUCAUCGAAAACAUUUGA